UUACUGAUUACAACAAACAUGAUUUACAGAAGUAUUAUUUUGCUGAGUUUGUUUAAUGUUGUAUCAAAUUCUCCAGCACUGGUGGAUAAUUUUGAGAUUCCAAGUCAAAAUGGUGUUAAAAUCGACCCCGAUGAACUGCGAAACGUGACACAACUGAUUACAAGUAAAGGAUAUCCAUGCGAACAACACUACGUAAUAACCAAGGAUGGAUAUAUAUUAAGUCUACAGCGAAUUCCAUAUGGAAAAAAAUCUCCAAUUUUGAAAGAAAAACCGGCAAUACUCCUACAACAUGGACUUCUUUCCUGUUCCUCUUGCUGGGUAGAGAACUUGGCCAAUGAAAGCCUAGGUUUCAUGCUAGCCGAUGCAGGCGUGGACGUAUGGCUCGGUAAUAACAGGGGAAACAAGUAUUCAAGGGGACAUGUCAACCUAAGUCCAAAUGACCCACGCUUCUGGAAAUUCAGCUGGGAUGAAAUGGCAAAAUACGACCUUCCUGCAAUGAUUGAAUAUAUCUUACAACAAACAGGAAACACUGAAAUCUAUUAUGCCGGGCAUUCUCAGGGAACAGAACAAGCCUUUGCCGGGUUCAGUCAAGAUAUUGAACUUGGAAAAAAGGUUAAAACUUUCUUUGCCCUUGCUCCAGUGGCGAAUCUGUCGGGAUGUGAAAGCCCGAUUCGGUUUUUAGCACCAUUUGCAAAAGAUUACGAGAUUCUUUCCUAUCUGUUAGGCAAAGAUGAAUUUCUGCCAAACAAAGACCUAUUUACCCUCUUUGCCCAAGAGAGCUGCAAACGCAAGACCAUUGACAUCGUUUGUGAGAAUAUCCUCUUUCUUCUAGGUGGAUACGAUUCUGCGCAACUCAACAUCUCUCGUAUACCUGUAUAUGUACGGGAUCAUCCGGCUGGGACGUCAGUUCAGAAUAUCAUUCAUUAUAGUCAGGCGAUUUUGUCUGGCGAAUUUCUGAUGUUUGAUUAUGGUUCUGCUGCUGAAAAUAUGAAACAUUACAACCAGACGACACCUCCACUGUAUGACGUCACUAAAAUGGAGACACCGGUAGCCAUUUUUUCUGGAGGACAGGAUUGGUUGGCAGAUCCCACAGAUGUAAAGAGUCUGCUCCCGCAGAUAAAAAACGUUAGAUCAAAUAAGAACAUACCAGAGUGGGAACAUCUCGACUUUAUCUGGGCCCUAGAUGGUCCAACAAAAUGCUACAAUGAUAUCAUUAAUAUGAUUAAAAGCGAUGCUGAAUAAUAAUACGUUGAAAAUCAAACUAGUGCUGGUUUU